GCACUCACUGAAUAUCAGUGAUAUUAGAAUGAUUUGGUUUCUAUUUGAUUGUGAGUUCGGUAUGUUUUCAUUUUCAGAACAACUCAGAAAGGACAAAGAAACACUUCAAACGAAACAUGAUCAACUCAAAGAAGAGAAGGAACAACUCAGAAAGGACAAAGAAACACUUCAAACGGAACAUGAUCAACUCAAAGAAGAGAAGGAACAACUCAGAAAGGACAAAGAAACACUUCAAACGGAACAUGAUCAACUCAAAGAAGAGAAGGAACAACUCAGAAAGGACAAAGAAACACUUCAAACGAAACAUGAUCAACUCAAAGAAGAGAAGGAACAACUCAGAAAGGACAAAGAAACACUUCAAACGAAACAUGAUCAACUCAAAGAAGAGAAGGAACAACUCAGAAAGGACAAAGAAACACUUCAAACGGAACAUGAUAAGCUGCAACAGGAAAUUGAUGACAGGAAAGCUCAGUUCGAGAAUGGCUGGCAGAAUUCACAUUUGUUCCCUGACUGGAGGAAGAAAUACUACCAAGCUGCAAAUGUGACUCUGGACCCAGACACAGCCCAUCCUGCCCUCAUCUUAUCUGAAGAAAGACAAGUUUCUAUGGGGGAGAAACCUCAAGAUCUUCCUAGGAACCAGAUGAGAUUUGAAUCCCUUCCCUGCGUGUUGGGCAAACAGUCCUUCAGCUCAGAGAGGCACUUCUGGGAGGUGAAGGUCAACAGCUGUACAGGUUGGGACCUGGGAAUCUGUCGGAGUAACGUGAUGAGGAAGGAGAGGACUUACAUAAAACCUGAGGAUGGUUUCUGGGCCAUUAGAAUGUAUAACCAUGAAUACUGGGCACUCACCUCGCCAGAGACUCAACUCACUCUAAAACAGCACCCUUGCACCAUCUGCAUUUUCUUAGACUACGAGGAUCAGCGUAUCUCCUUCUACAACAUGGAAGACAACAGCCACAUCUACACCUUUUCUCAAGGUGCUUUUUAUGGAUCCCUGAGACCUUUCUUCAGGCUUUGGUUCAAAGAUUCGGGACAUCUGUAUAUCUGUCCACUAUCUAAGGAGCCGGAAGCUUAAUGAUGACCCUAACUCUCCUCUCACUGUGGUUGUGCUUACAUAAUAUCCCCUAAAGAUUACUGAGGGCUGAAACAUUCGUCAUGGCAUGGAUGUACUACAGCACAUUGUUUUACUCAGUCUUUCCACUACUCUUCCAAUCAUUUAAUUUCCCUCAUAAAUUGUUAUCAAAUAUUACAUUGCAGUGUAACGCAAUUGUUGCUUAUGCUCUGAUUAAUACAAAUAUAUAAAUAAGAUAUAAAUCAAAACAUGCACGUAUUGUAAUCAAAUCCUUAUUACAGAGUUAUACAGGGAAAUGUGCACUGCCUAUCCCAGGUCAGGUUCUCCAAUAUUUUACAAUCCUAGCAAUAAAAUUGAUUAAAUCCUA